ACUGGAGUGGGAGCUGCACUCGGACCCUGGGGGCCCGAGCCGACCCAUCCAGGCUCCCCUCGCUGGGUCCUCCCUCCAAGGAGCUGCUUCCCCAGUCCUUGCUACCGGACAGACCUAUGAAUUCUCCAUCUAGCGCCUCCUCCUCCUCCUCUCUCUCUUCCUCUUGGUCCACCUCCCCGGUGAACAGUGACUGUGGCUUUCCCUCCGACAGUGAGAGAGAGGACAAGGGGGUGCGUGGGUCUUGGCCGGAUCCUGUGGGGCCCGGGGGAGGUGCUCGACCCAGCCCAGGGCCCAUCCGCUGCAAGCAUCGCCUCAAGGUUUCCAGUCCCCACCAGCACAGGGCAUCCCAUUCCGAGCAGCAGCAGCGGGGAUCUGGGAUCAGGAGAUCCAGAGAGGGUGAACUAGAGACCGAUGGGAACGGCCAGAGUUGCACCACGGAGGGAGACCUGCUGUUUGCUCAGAAGUGUAAAGAGCUCCAAGGAUUCAUUCGUCCCCUCACAGACCUGCUCAAUGGGCUGAAGAUGGGUCGUUUUGAGAGAGGGUUGAGCAGCUUCCAGCAGAGUGUGGCGAUGGACAGGAUCCAGCGGAUUGUCGGUGUCUUACAGAAGCCACACAUGGGAGAGCGCUACCUGGGAACACUGCUGCAGGUGGAAGGGAUGUUAAAGACUUGGUUUCCUCAUGUAGCUGUGCAGAGCACAUCCCUGGGUGGACGGAGGCAGCCGCUAGCUAAGCAUCUUGCGAGCCUUCCCAGUGAUUCAGCUGCUUCCGCUCCUGCACCUGCGCCAGAAACAACGGGUCAGGCCCAGCUAGGCCACAUGGUUUUCAGACAGCCUUGGCGUCUCCCAGAAUGGCCAGCCAUGAACCUCACCUGGAUCCACACCGCUCCAAUUUGCAACCCCCCUCUGAGUUCCCCAGGUACCAUCUCCUUUAGCCAUGGUCCUUUAGGCACUGGGACCAGCAUCGGUGUCAUUCUUUGGCUCCAGCAUGGAGGGCAGCUCUACAACCACUCUGCCCCAGCCACUCCAGUUCCACCUACUGUAACACCUCCUGCUGUCCCCAGUGAGGUUAAGAAACUAUCUGGAGAGGGAUCUCGUUGUCACAGUUUGCCGGUAACUAUGUCAUCAGACUGGAGUUGUAACCGCACCUCCCCGGGCCUGUGCAGCGAGGCCAAAGAGAUGACCACAGGACGUUUAGAACAGCAGAUGAGAAGCCAUCCUCUAGUUGCUCCAGCUUCCUGUCUCAACCCCUAACACAGGGCGUGCAGCCAAGCCUCUGGAAUGUCCAAUGUCUGUAAAUAGCUGUAUAGGCAUUUUUUUUUUUUUUUACUCUUAAUGUGUGAUUUGUGCUGAAGGGGAAAAAAAGCCUUUCUGAUUAAAAAAGAUUUUUUU